CGGUAGUGAUUUAAAAGUCUGUGGCUCGGGCAACGUGUAAUGACAACCCCUAGCCGCUAGGUGUCGCGCAUGCGCAGGUAGGGGCUUCUCAGAGAAGAAGUCUCGAAAUGGACAAAUUUAACGAGGAGCGACUGAAGGUGCCGUUUGGCACUAAGUGUCUGGAUGCCGCCUUGUGUGUCCCUGCCUCAGUGAGAGAUGUCCACACAGCCGUCAUCCUCACACAUGGAGCUGGAGGAGACAUGAACUUCAAACAUCUAGUCUCUCUGGCUCACAGUCUGGCAUCUGGUGGCUUCAUCUGCCUCCGUUUUACCUGCAAAGGUUUAAACUUGGGUUACAGAGUCAAGGCUUACUGUGCUGUGUGGGACUACUUGAAGUCACUCCAGAAGUUUACAAUCAAACGCAUGUUUUUUGGAGGCAGGUCGAUGGGAUGCCGUGCUGCUGUGGCUUUGGCUCGACAGUUGAGCGAUGAAUCCGAGGAUGCAGUUCAGGGCGUCAUCUGCCUUUCUUUCCCCUUGCAUCCACCAGGACAAACAAACGCCCAUCGCCAACGCAGUGAAGGUCUCAGAGAACUACCCGAGCACAUGCGUGUGCUGUUUGUGUCAGGCACUGAGGACAACAUGUGUGACAGGGUUGUUUUUAAUAAGGUGGUUAAAGAAAUAAAAGCUCAAGUUGAAGUUUUCUGGCUACAAGGAGGUAGCCAUGGACUGACAGUGAAAGGAAGAGCUGAGGACGCUGUGCUGGAUGAAGUAAACUCAAAAGUCACUGCCUGGAUCAGUGAGCAGGGAGCAUAGAAUAAUUUAUGUCACCAGAUUUUAAUUUAGUAGUCUUGUGUUUUUAACUUGUUAAAUAAAGGAUAUUAUUUUACAUAA